GGCGCGAGAUCCCGCCUGGCUGACCCCGCGGCCCUCGCGUCGCGCCAUGGCUUCUCCGGCCCGCGCGGCCUCGGGCGCCGACGACGGCGGCCGCAGGAAGCCCCGCCUGGCGGCGUCGCUGCAGAUCAGCCCCGGGCCCAGGCCCUGGCGACCGGCGGCCAGUCAGAGCCCAGACGGCUGCGCGGAGGCGGAGGAAGAGCCGGGUGGGCUGCCCCAGGCCUCGGCGCCGGGGGUCGGUGGGCCCGGGGCGGGGGCCGGAGUCGGGGAAGCGGGGGCAGCCCCGGCGCGGGAAGGUUUGGGGGGACUGAUGGGGAGGUCCCCGAGGGUCUCCGUGCCCCCCGCAGGGCCCGCCGGGGACUCCCCGACGGCCGCCAGCCCGCUGAGCCUGCAGCUGAAGGACCCGGCCCCGGGCCAGGCGGUGGCCCUGCUGGCGCAGUACGCGGCCCUCCGCGGCGUCCCCCUGGCCUUCCGCGAGGACGAGCCGGCAGGUCCCUGUUCCCCCUUCUCUGUGUACGUGGAGCUGGAUGGGGUGGUCUGCCCUGCCGGCACUUCAAACAGCAAGGCCGUCGCCAAGCAGCAGGCGGCCCUGUCUGCGCUCUGCUACAUCCGCAGCCAGCUGGAGGGCACAGACACCCCCCAGACCCCCAGCAGGAUUCCACUUGCUUCCCUGAGUGUAGAGAACAUCCUGACCCACGAGCAGCGCUGCGCGGCUGUGGUGGGGGCCGGCUUCGACCGCCUGCUGGACGAGAGCUCGCCCUACCGGGCCUGUAAGGGGACUGUGGCUGCAGUCAUCCUGGAGAGGGAGAUCCCGGGUGCCAAGGGCUACGCCAAGGAGACCUACGAGCUGGUGGCGCUGGGCACAGGCAGCAGCAGCUGUGCCGGCUGGCUGGAGUUCUCGGGCCGGCAGCUCCAUGACUGCCAUGGGCUGGUUGUCGCCCGCCGGGCCCUGCUGAGGUUCUUGUUCCGGCAGCUCCUGUUGGCCACGCAGGGGGGCCCCAAAGGCAAGGAGCGGUCCGUGCUGGCCCCCCAGACUGGGCCCGGGCCCCCCUUCGCCCUCAAGCCUGGGAUCUUCCUGCACCUCUAUGUCAGCAACACCCCCAAGGGAGCAGCCCACGACAUCUACCUGCCCCGGGCCUCGGAAGGGAGCCUGUCACACGGCCCGGCCUUGCGCCUGCAGGCCCACGUCGGCGGGCAGCUGAAGCCUGUGUGCUACGUGGCACCCGCGCUCCACGACACCCACGUCGGUUGCCUCUCGGCCAGCGACAAGCUGGCACGCUGGGCGGUGCUGGGGCUGGGUGGCGCCCUGCUGGCUCACUUCUUGCCGCCGCUCUAUGGCACCAGCCUCGUCCUAGCUGACCCCUGCCACGACCCCUCGACUCUGAGCAGGGCCAUCCACAACCGGCCCGACCUGGACAGGGUCUCGGGGCCGGGCCUGCCCCCUCCCUACGUCCGCACCACUCUGCACCUGUUCUCGGGGCCCCCGGUGGCCCCCUCGGAGCCCACCCCCAACACCUGCCACGGCCUGAGCCUCAACUGGAGCCUGGGCGACCCUCACGUUGAGGUCGUGGACGUGGCCACCGGGCGUGUGAAGUCCAACGCCGCCCUGGGGCCGCCGUCCCGCCUCUGUAAGGCCGCCUUUCUCCGGGCCUUUCGCCAGGCCGCGCAAGUCGCGGGCGAGCCCCACCUCUCGGCCUUGCAGACCUACGAGGCUGCCAAGGCCGGGCCGUACCAGGAGGCUCGCCGGCAGCUGUCCCUUCUCCUUGACCAGCAGGGCCUGGGUGCUUGGCCCUCAAAGCCACUGCUGGGCAAAUUCAGAAACUGAGGCAGACCUCUGGUGGGGGGGCAAGGUUCCUGAGCUGAGCUGGACCGCUGCUGGGGCGGCGCCUUCUCUGAGGGUGUGGGGAGGGGUGCGGGCUGCGGGCAGAGCACAGGUGUGUGCAGAGGGAAGCUGGCAUUGGAGGGAGGGGCCUAGUGUGUUUGGCGGGGGUGGGGUGGCGGCUGCUGCAUAUUUGGGCUUGAAUAAAGCAGCAUUUCUGGUGCUUCUGUGUGUAGCUGGCCGCGUGUGCGCAUGUCCGUGCGCGCCUAUGCUGGGGGUAGCCAGGCACCCUUGGCGAGGGGAGCCCCGUGAUCCCUGGGCUGUCACCUGGGUCCUUUCCUCGCAGAGUUACUAAAUUGUUGCCCCCGUUUACAGGUGUGGGAGCAGGUUUGGGAGGGGAGGUGACUUUCCUUGGCUCCUGCUUUCCGGCCUGUGUUCUGGGGAGGCCACAGGGUGGGCGUUGGGCAUUUCUGCCCCGCUGGCUGCAGAGGCUCCGGAUCCCUGCUUUGCAGGCCUGCGCCAACCUGAGGGAAGCAGCAGGGGCUCCUGGGGUCCGCAGUCGCUGGCCGGGGCCCUCAGCUGUCCCGGCCUGCCAGAGCCGCCUUCCCUCACUGUGCCACCUCCCAGGUGCAGGCUUGGUGGCUCUCCCCCCUCGUCUGGGUAGCACAGUGAGCCCGCAGGGCAGUUGGGCCCUCUGUGGACCAUGGAUGGGAGGGCAGACAGCAUACACCGCAGAUGUGCACGCGUCUACACACCUGGAACCUCACUGGCCUUGACGUCUGGUGAGCUGGGACCAGGGAUGAUUGAGGACCACGGGCUGCCCCGUGACCCCCACCCUAUGACUGAUCUCCCUGCACCCCAGCAGUUCCAGGGUUUGGAACCAUAGGCAGCUCUCCCAGAUGGGCCUCAGGGUGCUGGUCAAAGAUGGUGUGAGGGUUAACGUUAUGUGUCAGCUUGUUUUGGGCUAAGGGAUGCCCAGAUAGUGGGUGACUUUGUUUCUGGAAGAGAGGAGCUUUUGCAUCAGUGGGCUGAGCAAAGGAGCCCACCCUCCCCAAGGUGGGCCGGCACCACCCCAUCCACUGAGGGCUCAGGGAGAACACAGAGGCAGAGGAAGGGGAAGUUCUCUCUCUUCUUGAGCUGGGACAUCCAUCUGCUCUGGCCCUUGGACCUCAGAGUUCCUGGUUCUCCAGCCUUCAGGCUCUGGCCAGGAUUUACACCACUGGUGCCCCGGGUCUCAGGCCUUCAGGUUUGAGCGGGAACCACGCCACUGGCUUCCUCAGGCUGCCACUGUGGGGGUCCUACACCUCUGUAAUGGAGUGAAUAAAUCUCUGUCUGUCUGUCGUAUGUGUCCUGUUGG